AUGACUCAGAAACCUCUGCACUUGCAACCACUAGCAAACGUGGAUCGAACCAAAGCAUCAAGGAAAAGCACCUUGCACGAGGAGUACUCGAUCAGCCAUUGUGGACCGGAAUCAUGUGAACUAAAAGACCACGAUGAGGAUGAGGAUGCCGAAUUUGCCCAAUCCUUGUAUCGUGAAAUUGUAUCCGAAUGCCGCUUUGUCUCGCCUGAGAGCCUGAAAGAGAUACCACGUUUCACCUCAAAUGAAGUGCUUGAAGGCUUGGCUCUUGGUAAAGGAGGUUUUGGGACCAUCAACGCUGUGAAAGGUUUCUCAUUGCAUGCGAGAAAGCAGAGGCAAGUCGUUAAGACGUCACUGGGCCAUGCCGGAAAUAUCGAUGAAUCUGGGCAUGACGGAGAGAUCCAAGCGAGGCAAUUCAUCGCCAGCCACUGUCAUCACAGUAAUGGAGAUGCCCGAUACGCUCUAAAGAGGCUGCAACGAAAGACAAUUGCGGAUCACUUGCUAUGCUUACAAGGAAUGACUGAUCUGGCGAACGAAGCACUGUUCCUUGGCUCAAUCGAGCAUCCCAAUAUCAUCAAGCUACGAGGCAUGGCCCACGCUGACAUGAUGAGUAAGGACUUCUUUCUCAUACUAGAUCGCUUGUAUGAUACAUUGGCGACACGGCUUGUGAAGUGGAAAACAGAAGAAAAAAAACUUUCGGGUUUAAAGCGAAUGUUUUGCAAACGAUGCGUGCUGCACAGAAGGUACCUGCAAGCAGAUCGACUCAACCACGCUGCGGACCUGGCAUCAGCUUUGUCAUACUUGCAUCAGAAUGGUAUUUUGCAUCGUGACUUGAAACCAGACAAUAUCGGAUUCGAUGUGCAAGGCGGCAUUAAAAUCUUUGACUUUGGCCUCGCAAGGGAACUGCCAAAAAAGACAAAGACAUCAUACAACAAAUUCCAUCUUACCAAAUCCGCUGGCACACCACGGUACAUGGCUCCAGAAGUUGUUACUGGAAGAUACAACCAAGCUUGUGAUGUUUACAGUACAGGCCUUCUCGUUUGGCAGUUCAUCACUUUGAAACGCCCAUUCAAGGAUAAGAAGUGCUUGGAAGACUUCGAAGAGAAAGUGUGGUCUCCCAACGGUCCUCAAUGUCGCCCUACGAUACCAAAGAAAGUGUCACCUGGUCUCCGGCAACUAUUGGUUCGAUCAUGGAACCACAACUUUGAGGAUCGCCCCAGCGCCUUGGAGCUUGAAAAUGAGCUCCGCUUUCAAGCCUCUCAAAAGGAGGAUAAUAUGCUAGAAAAGGAGAACGAUUCGGAACUCGGUUCCCCAGCUUCCAAUAAGACGAUGGAACGUGGAUCGACGUUCUUGCUCCCUCCAGGCGAUAGCGAUGAAUCCCUUGAAUCAGAUUCCAAAGAAGUUGCUAGAGAAAGAACCGCAUUUGAUUUCUUUGGGGUCUCAGCGAGAUCAAUUUUAAUGCGAUCCGAUAGGUCCGAAGUGUUCAAAAGUUUUCGAUCCCUUCCAGAACGAUGA